AUGGCUAUGGUUAUGUUUCCUCGCGUACAGCACAAGGCACAAGAGGAGAUUGACCGUGUGGUUGGCACCAUCGCCUACCAAAUUUCAAUGACCGGGGCAGAUUGCCUUGAUGGUGACAUUGAGUGCAACGAACUUCAUAUCCCGAAGGGAGCAUUACUUCUCCUGGGCGUCUGGUGGUUCCUGCACGACCCAGAAGUAUACUUUGAUCCAGCCCCAUUCGACCCAGAACGUUUCCUGAGCCCACGCAACGAGCCUGAUCCAGAUACGAAGGGAUUUGGUUACGGGCGCAGGAUAUGCCCUGGUCGGUUUUUUGCGGAUUCGAGCCUCUAUAUCAAUAUGGUGCAGACUUUAGCCACCUUUAAAAUCGCCAAGUCGAUUGGUAAGGAUGGAAAGGAAAUUGCCGUUGAUGUGAAGCUGAAACCUGGUAUCUUGAGCUAUCCAAUCGAAUUUCAGUUCCAGGCCGCGCCGAGAAGUCAGAAGCACAUGGAUCUAAUCCGACGAGUUGAGUUAGAGCAUCCUUUGAGGUAG